UGUUUUGGUUGCUGCACACAACUUUGCGGAAGUCGUCUACAGCCAUGCUCAGAAUUAUGGCUCAAAACAUGAUUCUCUGCCUGUGAUUUAAACUAAAUCGUAUCAAAAUCACGUGUCAGGGGUGUGUACACAGGUCUGGGAUAUCGCAGCUAUGAAAUUAAAAGAAUUAGAAAGCUGCUUGCAGCAAGUGGACACAUUUGAAGAGCCUAAAAUCCUCCUGGAGCAAUAUCCAACCAGCCCUCAUAUAGCAGCAUGUAUGCUUUACACGAUCCACAGCACGUUUGAUGACAUUGAGGGGAAACUAGUGGCGGAUCUGGGAUGUGGUUGUGGAGUCCUGAGCAUCGGUGCUGCCAUGCUGGACGCAGGUUUGUGUGUCGGCUUUGACAUUGAUGAAGACGCGCUGGACAUAUUCAGAAGAAACGCAGAGGAGUUUGAGAUUUGUAACGUAGACCUGGUCCAGUGUGACCUGUGCUGUCUGGAGGCCGAGGCUUAUGCCAAGAAGUUUGACACUGUGAUUAUGAAUCCACCAUUUGGAACAAAACACAAUCAAGAACCAAGCAUCAAACCUGGGGACAGAACCUUCUCCAUAUCUGCCCCCACACUCUGGAACUCCCUACCCCAACACAUCCAUGGCUGCACCGACCUGACCACUUUCAAAUCACUCCUCAAGACCCACCUGUUCAAAACUGUCUUUAAUAUAUACUUUUUAUGUGUUUUAUGACUUGUUUUAUGAUGCUCCUCCAUUUGAAUGAUUGCUGAUUUUAUAUGUAACUGUGUAAAGUGUCUUUGAGUGUUUUGAAAAGUGCUAAACAAAUAAAAUGUAUUAUUAUUAUUAGUAUUAUUAUAUCCCUUUAAGUCUAAAUGUGGCCUUGUUUUGUG